AUGGAUCAACGAUUCGACAAAAGAAUGAUCAACGUGCUUAUUGCAAAUCAUAUGAACAAGAAAAAUGUAGUCUGGGUUCAAUCGGGCAAUGAUUUUGUUGACUUGCACUAUAGUUUUCUCACAAUGCCUUUGGGAACCAUUGCGAGAUUGCUUGAGCAACACGGAAGGCCAAGAGGAAAUGUCACCAUAGGUUGUCUCAACAACCUUUACAAAAGUAUCGUAGACAUGAGAACCGAUCAUUUCCGGACUGAAGCUUGCAAGGAGAUGCUGCUUUACCCGAAAAGCGUGAAGGAAGGUCUAUGCAGAAAGCUAAAGAUUAACAUCGACGACACAGAAGCAACCAAGUACUUUAUGUGUCCGAGAAAAUCAUGCCCCGAGUUUUUUAGUAACUUCGAUACUUCAAGAUGUAGUAGCUGUGGAAACUUGAUGAACAAAGAGAUUCCAUCACCUGAAGGAGAUGGAUUUGCAAGGAGGUUUGGAGGUUUUGAUGAUUAUGAUGAAGUCUUUGUCCGUGGCGAUGGAAAUUUGGCAUUUAUCUUGAGUGAUGAUUUGAAAAUCGAGAACUUUUCUCAUGAUCUUCUCCGCAAAAAGAUCAAGGAUUUGGGCUGCAUUAACGUUUUGGAUGAGAUAGGGGAAGGUGAAGCAGAAAUUGGCUUCCGAGAGGCAAUGACUUUGCUUCAGUCCUUAUUCACAUCAGAAACACCAUUGACAACCACAUUCUUCCCGUGUCAAAGUUCAUCAUAUCCUUCUACGAGGGCAUAUAAGCCAUCAAGAAGUCCAUGUGACUCGGUUUUAGGCCAAGUAUUGUCUUUGAAAGUGUAUUUGAGUAAGCAUGACAGAAGAAAGGUUGUUUAUGUUGUGUGUAGAGAAGGGUUUAUUGAUCUUCUUUGCACUUUUCUUGUUCUUCCUCUUGAGUAUAUCUGCAAGAUCUAUUGUAGAGAUGAUGAUGAUGAUGAUGAUGAUGAUGAUGGUAUGGGAUGUAUCGGUAAUUUGUUCAGAAGCUUCAAAGGUUUAAGCUGCAAUGAAAUAACCAUUCCUUGGUAUUAUAGUUGCAGAAAGAAUCUUCUUGGCAUCACAGUCCAAAACCCUCCUAGUUUCUACCGUUGUAUUUCUUGUUUGGAAGAUCAUAGUUUGGCUGCAAAACAAGAAGAUAGACUCAAGCUUGUGACUGCGAUAGAUCCAAAAACCGAGAUGAUGGGCCAGCCAAGAAGUAGUGGUGGGUUUGUGAAGAGUAACAAGAAGUUUCUUGUGUCAGAUGAUCUGAGAAUCACACCUCUGAAGUCAGAUCUUACAAUGAGGGAGCUAAAAGAUCUGAAGAUUAGUUUUGAUGAUGUCAAAAUCGAGGAAAUAUCUAUCGGUAGAGCAGAGGCUAUCAAUUUAUUGAAAGCUUCCUUUGUGACAUCCUCUGCAUUAACCAAUGGUCUCUCAGAUUUGCUUGCAAAGAAGCUGGAAGGAUAAAUUCCGAAACUUUAUUAGCAAAAUAUCUC